AUGAAGAUAAUACCGCUGCAGCAGCCCCUCCGGGCAGUGGCUGCUGCUGGCGGCUUUCGGCCGGCAGCGACGGCCGCCUUCACAUUCUCAAGGGCACAGCGAAGGCCGGAACUGUUAUUAUGUGCGCGCCAGAGCCUCGACGACGGCAGCAGGCUGGUGGAGGGUCGUCGUACCGCCGCUGUCAAGUCGGCCGGUGCAUACCGCAUUCCGAACAAGAAGACGCUCAUGAAGAAGAUGGGCGCCAAAAAGAGUGGUGACCAAUAUGUCAUCCCUGGCAACAUCAUCUUCAAGCAACGCGGCACAAUAUGGCACCCGGGCGAGAACGUCAUCAUGGGCCGCGACCAUACGAUCCACGCCGCCGUGACGGGCUACGUGAAAUUCUACCGGGAUCCUGAUCUGCACCCGCACCGGCAGUUCAUUGGCGUUGCCUUCAACCGCGACGACACGCUCCCUUACCCAAAGCACGGCGUGCGCCGCCGCAAGCUCAACAUGGUGGCCGUGAAGCGCAAAGAACCCGCGCCGCGGAGCGAGGUCAGCGCCAGCGGCCUCCCGACGCGCGUCAUCCGCAGGGUGGGCCCGGAGCCGACGCCCGAGGAGAUUGCCGAGCCCGGCAAGGGCAAGCGCCCUCUGCAAAAGGUGCAGCACAACAUCCGCGUCCUGCGCGAGAACCGCAUCCUGCUGCUACACGACGACUACAGCUACCGCGAGUCCAACGUCGCCAUCGGUCGCCUGAUGGGUCGCUGGAAGGGCAAGACGCCCGGCUCCGUCCGCGCCGGCAGCAAGAAGGCCGUCUACCGCGCCAAGUACCGCGAGAGCCUCAAGCGCAAGGAGGUCUUCAGGCUCAUGCGCGAGGAGGACGCCAAGAAGAAGAAGGAGGCCGAGGAGAAGGCCAAGAAGGCCGCCGCCGACCUCGAGGCCAAGAAGGCCGCUGCCGCAAAGAAGGCCGCCGAGGCCAUGGAGAGGGCCAAGCAGCGCGAGGCCGAGGCCCUCGCCAAGUCCAAGGCCGAGGAGGCCGAAGAGAAGAAUGCAUCAAAGUCUUGA